UUGUGUACCGAACGCAUGGGGUUGAUAAGUUGCAUUUCUUUCGUUAUUGUUAUUAUUUAAAGUUUAUCUUAUUUCUCUUGAUCAUUCAUUAACCAUAAAAAUAAUCAUGGCUUCAUCAAAGGUUGAGUUAACUUCUCAGGAAAAAGAGCUUUUCAAGUACACUAACGAACGUAAAUAUGAAGAAGUAAAACGUCUUUUAACCACCGAAAAUCUGUCUGUGAAUUGCGUAGAUGACGACGGGAUGACACCACUUCAGCAUGCUGCUUACAAAGGUGAUUACAAACUUUGUAAAUUACUUUUAGAUUGCGGAGCCGAUGUGAAUUUGACGCGCCAUAGCUCUCAAUAUAGCUCUCUCAUGUUUGCUGGAUUAUCUGGUAAAGUAGAUGUUGUUACUCUGUUGCUGGAAAAUGGUGCUUCCGUUUCCAGCACCAAUUCUAUAAAUAAAACGGCAUCGCAAAUGGCUGCUUUUGUUGGAAAUCACAAUGCAGUUAGUGCUAUAAAUAACUUUAUCAAAUCAGAAGAAAUUGAGUAUUUUACUCAAAUAAAUGGUUUGGAAACCGAACCGAAAUUACCAUCCCAUUUGUGCCAGGUUGUUCACAAGAUGGCUAUAAUGACAAAUAUUCACCCUGUUCGAAUUGCGAUGUAUAUACAGAAUAAUCUUUCUAUUCUGGAGAAUAUUCAAAAAGUUAUCAAAGUGUUUGAUUUGUUGCGUGAAAAGAAGUAUAAAGAUGAAGGUAAUGAGUUGUUGUCAUUGAAGUUCCAUCAUCUGGCAUUUGUGCUAUCAUAUUGUGAAAAAUUCUGUGGUGAACUUAAAACAAAGCAGGCAAAGGCUGAUUCUGAUAAGGAUCUUUUAACUGUUCUCAUUAAACACUGGCUUAAAAGUGAUAAAAAUGGGUUGCAAGAGAAGUUGGAAAACUUUCUUCGUCAGGACAUCAAAGAGUAUCCAUUCUUAAAUAAUACUCUCUUCCAGCAACUAGUCCGCACUCUUACAUCGCAAAAUGUUAGUAAUGAUGUAGCUGCUGUAUCCAUUCUUACAGACAUGAUCAGUCAUCAACGAUCAUCGGAUGAAGUUUACUUAUGCUGUACAUGUGGCGAACCCUAUGCUGAGAAAAAAUGUUCUGCUUGUAAAGCGGUUCAUUACUGUGAUAAAAACUGUCAGAAGUUACAUUGGUUUUCUCAUAAGUUAGCUUGUCCAGAGUUGUCAAAAUUGAACAAAGAGACCAAGUCUGAUGAACAGAUCACGAGUACAAAAUGUGAUGAAUCUCAAUCUAGUAGCUCUGCUGUCCCUUCUGACUGCGGAAAUGAAUCAAAAUGAACUUUAUUUGUUAAGAAAAUAUCUUGCAUGUACUGGUGAAUUGCUUGCUUUAUGUGCAUUUUAGAACUGUGACUGAUUCUGUAAUUUUUAUUGUUCAUCCAUUCAAUCCUUGUUCAUACUUAUUAAAAUAUUCAUUUGAUGCUAUAGAAAUAUUUUCUUUUAUCCCAUCGAACGUUGUUGUUUUUUUUCAAAUUGCUGAUCAUCAGUAAGUAAUAUUGGACAAAGUGCAUAAAUGUUAUUUGAAUGAAUGUAUCUUUUUUUUUUUUUGUCUCUUGAAGUGUUCCUGAAUGUUGUGAUAUUGUACAAGUUGAUUUACUUCUAAUUAAAUAUUAUUUAUCCUCAUUUUUGUUUGAGUUUUGUGUUUGAAGCUCAUG